UGCCGGGCAAGGCGCGGGCGUGGAGGCAGUCGUCGCGGGGCUCCGGAGGUAGCGUUUGCGUUCUCGCGUGCUGGAGCGGCUCCAGUAGCUCCCCGUCUUCUCGCAGAUUCUGAAACAUUCAAGACCAAAACAUGGCAGAAGUGUCAGCUGAUGUACAACAGAACGUGGUUUCCAGGGUUGCCAAUCUUCCCUUGGUGAGUUCCACCUAUGACAUGGUCUCCUCUGCUUAUGUCAACACGAAAGAUAACCAUCCCUACCUGAAGUCGGUAUGUGAGAUUGCAGAGAAAGGAGUGAAGACCAUCACUGCAGUGGCCAUGACCAGUGCGCUGCCUAUCCUCCAAAGGCUGGAACCACAAAUUGCUGUUGCCAACAACUAUGCUUGUAUUGGACUCGAUAAAGUUGAAGAGAGGCUACCCAUUCUUUAUCAACCAACUGAUAAAGUCGUUGCUAAUGCAGUGGAUGCAGUUGUUGGUGCGAGGGAUGCUGUAACAACCACUGUGACUGGUGCCAAGGAUACUGUUGCACAUACCAUUAAUGGUGUUGUUGACAAGACAAAAGGAGCAGUGCAGGACAGCGUGGAACUGACAAAGUCGGUUGUCAAUGGCAGCAUUAACACCGUUCUUGGAAGUCGGGUGGUACAUCUGGUUACCAGUGGAGUGGAUACUGCACUCAGCACAUCAGAAACUCUGGUAGACCAGUAUCUCCCACUUACAGAAGAAGAAUUAGAAAAAGAAGCUACAAAAGUGGAAGGAUUUGAAGUUGGAGUUCAGAAGCCAAGUUACUAUGUUAGAUUAGGAUCUUUGUCUUCAAAGGUUCGAGCACGUGCCUACCAACAGGCCUUAAACAAGGUUAGAGAUGCUAAGCUCCGAAGCCAAGAAACAAUUUCUCAACUCAAUUACACUGUUAAUCUGAUUGAAUAUGCCAGGAAGAAUAUGAAUAGUGCCAACCAAAAACUCCAAGAUGCCCAGCAGAAGCUGUAUAAUUCCUGGACUGAAUGGAGGAAAAAUACAGGCCAAAAUGAUGAGGAUGACUUGAACAGUGCUGAGCACAUAGAAUCACGCACACUGUUGAUCGCACGGAACCUGACCCAGCAGCUUCAGACCACCUGCCUCACACUGGUAUCAAGCAUACAGGGCUUGCCACAGAACAUCCAGGACCAGGCCCACCACGUAGGGGAAAUGGCAGGAGACGUCUACCGAAGCUUCCGUUCAGCAUCCUCUUUCCGUGAAGUGUCUGACAACCUUAUUGUCAACAGUAAAGGGCAGCUGAAGAAAAUGAAGGAAUCGCUGGAUGAUGUGAUGGAUUAUCUUGUAAACAACACGCCACUCAACUGGCUGGUUCCGGAUUUCACCAUUACAGACUUGUCUUCGGAAUCUGAUGAGAUACCAGACAUCUUGGCUUUGGAUGAAGAUGGGGAGCUGGAUUAUUCACGUGUAAAUGGUCCAAUCAGCACAGGACAAAGAGCUGAAUAGACACUGAGCACAAAAAAACUGUUCUUUCAGAUAUAUACACAUAUACAUUUCUCCAUAUACAUUUUUGCUAACUUACCCUCUUGCUGUAUGAAUCAAAAUAAUCUAGCUCUUGGAGACUACAGGUUUGUUUAUACCACUUUUGUUUCAUUUAGGUACAUUAACAUUCUGACUUUUUAUGAUUGUUGUGGGACAGAUGCUAGCUAAACAUUUUAGCAUGGGUUACAGACCAUUUUGUCCUUCAGGUCAAUUAACUAGUCUUAAAGAUUCUUUAAGACUACUGAAUAUCACAAAUUUGGCCAGCAACAGCUUUAGAAACAGCAGCCCUGCUAUACUAUCUGAAACUGUCUCUAAGAAGAUUUGCUGCAUGAAGUUUCCUUCUUUGUUUCCUCUGUAAAACUCUUCUGGUACUGCUUCAUCUUCACUUGCUGGGGAGAAAAACAAACUAAGAACUGAAUGUUCCUUAUCUCUUGUGGUUUUGCUGUAAAGCAUCUGAGUGACUGCAUGCACUAAGUUUUUAAAGUUUUCUCUCUUCUCUUCUGAUGAUCUGAUGCUUCAGCAAAGCACUGAACACAUUCUUGCUCAAGUAAUAAUGCGAGUCUGGGGUCCAUCAUUUCAGAUUGCAUAUGGAACUUUGUAUCAUUGCGCUUCCAUUUGAAGCAAUUCUCCACACACAGAAAACAUGUGCCAGGAAGGAGGUUUGACUACAACUCUUCCAUAUAUAAUUGUGCAUGUGAAAGGACAUAUAUGGAGCAUUCAGUCGUGUGAGCCCCCAUCAGCAGUCAGAAGUGAUACAACCAGGCUUCAGCUUUGCCAUCUUGGUUACAAUUUGGUUUGCCUUCCUGAACUCUAGCUGUUUUGGACUCCUAUUCCCAUCAACCUUAGCCAGAGUCAGGAUCCAGGAGUUGGUCAAAACACCUGGACUGCAGCAAGUUGGGGAAAGCUGUAUUAAGCAUAAAUGCAUGUGUUGAAGAGAACAUAAGAGCAAAAAAUAGAGUUCAAUGCAACUUUAUGAAAUGCAAACCGGAAAACUAGGAACAGAAGGAGGGAGGGGGAAGUGAGAGGAGACAUCUGUAGUUGAGGUCAUGUGGAAGUGUAAAAGAGAAGAACGAACAUGAAUAAGAAUCAGAAAGCUACAUCAUGAAGAAAUCUUCCAGUUCAGCACAAGUUUACUUAAACACAGGGUUUGUAUAGUUGCUGUAGUUUGCAAACAAGCAGAUCCUGUAUUUCUUGAUCCAAGCCAGAAGCUUAAGGGAGAACUCAUAUUAGCAACUAGAAAUGAAGUAUCUGACUCACUUGAUUGGAUGCUAUAAUUGAAAGCCUGCACCAUUUAAAUUUGCAUUUUAUUUGAAUGAGCCUUUAACAUCAUGGGCAGUUCUGUUUGCAUUUGCUGUGGGGAUGCUAUGGUGCUAAUUUUAUAAAUUAGGUGCACAGAUCUGGAAUAAAGAUGUAAUCUGGCUUCCUCUGUAGCAUGAGAUAGCACACCCUUAUGGUAACUUUAAUAUUUUAAGAACUAGUCACUGAAAUGCCUUGGAAAUAAAGUUUGAACAAUAUAAA